AUGGCGAGGCAGCAGGUGGCGGCAUCAAAUAGAGAGGUGGAUUCAGGACGAGAGGGAGUGGACAGGGCCCUUGCAGAGGUACUGGCAGAGGCGAACGCCUUGACGAAAGGCAUUGAAUUGGCGAAAACAGCAGCAGAGGAGGGGAAGGGUGGCACUUACCGGAGCCAUAUCGCCACCUCCCGCAUUACCAGAAUCCCCGAGGUGGAGGAGGAGGGGGAGGAGGGGGAAGAGGGGGAAGAGGAAGUGGGCGAAAACGAAGAUGAUCCUGAUGAUUUUUGA